UCCCCAGGCAACGCGCGGCCGGACGCCGCCCGCCGCCAUGGACGCGCUGUCAGGCGCGGGGCCUCGCCGGGCUCGCGGCCGCCCAGGCGCCCGGUCCUCCGGGGUGCGGGCUCCGGCGGCGCCCUGGGCGCGCUUCUCGGCCUGGCUGGAGUGCGUGUGCGUGGUCACCUUCGACCUGGAGCUGGGCCAGGCGCUGGAGCUGGUGUACCCCAGUGACUUCCGGCUCACGGACAAGGAGAAAAGCAGCAUCUGCUACCUGUCCUUUCCUGACUCCCACUCAGGCUGCCUGGGGGACACUCAGUUCAGCUUCCGAAUUCGUCAGUGUGGAGGGCAGAGGAGCCCCUGGCACGACGACAGGCACUAUGACACUGGGGCCCCCGUGUCACUGCAGAGGGAGCCGGCACACUACUUUGGCUACGUGUACUUCAGGCAGGUGAAGGACAGCUCUGUGAAGAGGGGCUACUUCCAGAAGUCUCUGGUGCUGGUGUCCCGCCUGCCCUUUGUCCGGCUGUUCCAGGCGCUGCUGAGCCUCAUCGCCCCUGAGUACUUUGACAAGCUCGCCCCCUGCCUGGAAGCAGUGUGCAAUGAGAUUGACCAGUGGCCGGCCCCCAUGCCCGGGCAGACCCUGAACUUACCUGUCAUGGGAGUCGUCCUCCAGGUGCGCAUCCCUUCCAGGGUGGACAAGCCUGAAUCUAGUGCUCCGAAGCAGUGUGGCCACGAGAACCUGCUGCCAGCCCCAGUGGUCCUCUCCAGCGUGCAUGAGCUAGACCUGUUCAGGUGCUUCCAGCCUGUGCUGGCCCACGUGCAGACGCUGUGGGAGCUCAUGCUCCUCGGGGAGCCCCUGGUGGUCCUGGCGCCCUCGCCCGCCAUGUCCUCGGAGAUGGUGCUGGCCUUGACCCGCUGCCUGCAUCCCCUGAAGUUCUGCUGUGACUACCGCCCCUACUUCACCAUCCAUGACAGCGAGUUCAGGGAGUUUACCACGCGUACACAGGCCCCACCAAACGUGGUCCUGGGAGUCACAAACCCUUUCUUUAUCAAAAUGCUCCAGCACUGGCCCCACAUCCUUCGUGUCGGGGAGCCCAGGAUGUCAGGGGACCUUCCUAAGCAGGUCAAGCUGAAAAAGCCCUCAAGGCUGAAAACCCUUGACACCAAGCCAGGCCUCUACACUGCGUACACGGCCCACCUCCACCGAGACAAGGCGCUGCUCAAACGGCUGCUCAAGCAGGGCCUGCAGAAGAAGCGGCCGUCAGACAUGCAGACCGCGCUGCUGAGGCGGCACCUCCUGGAGCUCACACAGAGCUUCAUCAUCCCCCUGGAGCACUACAUGGCCAGCCUCAUGCCCCUGCAGAAGAGCAUCAUGCCCUGGAAGACCCCUCCCCAGAUCCGUCCCUUCCGCCAGGAUGACUUCCUUUGUAGCCUGGAGCACGCGGGGCCCCAGCUCACCUGCAUCCUCAAGGGUGACUGGCUGGGCCUCUACAGGAGGUUUUUCAAGUCCCCACAUUUUGAUGGCUGGUACCGGCAGCGGCACAAAGAGAUGGUCCAGAAGCUGGAGGCCCUGCACCUCGAGGCCAUCUGUGAGGCGGUGAGGGGCCUGAGGGGGAAGCAGAACAUCGAGGCCUGGAUGAAGGACAAGUCCGAGGUGGAGAUCGUGGACCUGGUCCUGAAACUUCGGGAGAAGCUGGUGUGGGCACAGGGCCACCAGCUCCCUGUGAAGGAGGCGACGCUGCAGCGGGCACAGCUGUACAUCGAGACCAUCAUCGGCUCCCUGCCCAAGGACCUUCAGGCUGUCCUGUGCCCUCCCUAGGACGGGGCCAAGGGAUGUGGUCCAGGGGUCUGACUGCCUCUGGGGGCCUGGGCUGGCUGAGCUUUCCCUUCCCCAGGGAAAGGCAGCCCCACCAGGCUCCCUGCUGCUCCCGGGUUGGCCCCUGCCCGGCACUACCAUCGUCCCAGCUGUAAAGGUGACAUUUGAAACCGCAGCCUGGCCCCUCACUGUUGGUGGAUUAUGUGCUGGCCACAGCCUCAUCCGCCUCUGCCCGACCCCGGGCCCCACCUGUCCUCUGCAUGGCUGCAGGCUGGGGGGCGGAGCCAGCAGUGAGCCCUGCCGGUCUGGGCCCAAGGCCACCCACUAGCUCCAGGUGCCCAUCUGCCCAAGCCCUGUGGGCCCUAGGCGUUGUGUCUGUUGUAUCCUGUAGCCUCACCAGGCUGCCCAGCCCAAGACAGAAGGAGGCAGCUGACAGGCAGACCCCUGUCCUCACACAGCUCACCCACCCAUCUUGCCUGGGCCUGGGCGGUACCUCGCGUAGAGUCAUGGGCUUUGGAAGGGCAGAGGCCACUUUGCUGGGGGAGGAGCUCUGCCCCUUGGUUUGUUGGGAGGCCACUAGGGGGCGGUGUGGGGCCCAACCCGCCUCCGGCAGGGUGCAGAGCAUUGUCUAGGUCUCACUCCUGGAACAACCCCAUGGGCACCAUCUCAUUUAUUCUGCCCCACGCUGUGUCUCAGCUCAUAGGCACUUGAGUCACGCACCUUGUGUCCGUCCACCCAACGUGCAGCCCGCCCCCACCCCCCGUGGCAGCCCUCCACAGCCCCUGCAACCUUGGGGCACCAGCUCCUUGGCAAGGAGUGAACAGCCCUCAGAGGGGACACCCCCCAUGUGACACCAGUGCUGUGACACUCGGCAUAGUGACAGCACUGUCAGCCAGUGGGAGGGUGGGCUUGAGGCGUGGGCCUAGAGCUGCAGGCCUGCGGUAAGUUUCCCGACCUCCGACCUCCAACCAACUUCCCACACCAAACGUCUCCCUGAGUCCGGUCCUGGCAGCGCGCAUGCAGGCUGGGGAAGGGGCUUCCUUCUCAGAAGCCCCACUCAGUUGUGCCCCAGAUGGAGUGCUCCCUGACUCCUCCACUCCCCCAUGCUGCGUUUAGCAGAGGCACUAGACACCACUGUGUGCUGGUUCCAGAAAUGCCCAUGUUGCCUGGUCCAGCCCUGACCAUGACCUAGGACAGCCUGUCACUCUCCCCAUUCUACAGACAGCUGAGCCCAGCCUGGUACAGGGUCCAAGGACAUGACUGCAACUAAACAGAUAAGACAGGGGCAGGCAGGGGCAGUAAAUGCAUUUUUACAGAAGGGACAAGCUGGGGACCUGAGUGAGAAAGGUACCAUGUUGGACCCAAAUGCCACUCUGGUCAGCUUGCCCCGGGCGGUCUGGUCUGGAGGGGCGGACUCCCUGUCGAGGGCGUGCUCUCCAGGGAUGUCUGCAGAGAUGCUAGCACCUUCUUUGUGACUGGCUGGCUCUCUGACUCCAUAAGAAGGGGCAGAGGGGACCAUGGAGGUCCUGCCUGCGGCUGCCCUUGUUCACAGCUCUCUUCUGCUGGCCAGAGAUGGUGCCAGGCCUGGGUCUGGGCCCUCUUAUGCUUGUGACCCCAUGCAUGAGGGGUAUGCCCCAAAUAUCACUCCAGCUUGUGUUCCCCGUAUUGUACGGUCACCUCGCUUGACUUUCUGAGGGCUGCUGCAAGUGAUGGAGGGCUGGGGCACCACAGGCUGCAGGGGAGAGGCUGCAAGGUGGCCUCCGCGGAGCGCCCAGGACCCUUGGCCUCCAUCAGUCCAAGAAGACACAGCCAGGUUCCUGAUUCCCUGUCUUCCCCGAGGGCUCUGGUUGAGGCCGUGCAGCUGUUCCUCACAGCAGCUUGUCCUCAGGACCAUGGAGGGCAGGGGCUCAGGGGAGGGACACUCCAAGGCUGAAGUGUAGGGGUGGGAGGCAGCCGCUCCCCUGGAGUACCUGGAGCCACGGAGGGUCCUUCUUCCUCCUGGCCUGACCCCUCUGCACAGACGAGGCCUCCGAGUACAGUGCAGCAGUGGGGUGGAGGGGCUAGGCAUGGAGUCCUGCCAGCUCCAUCCUGUCCCCCAGAAGUCCCCUCGGUCUAUCCCAGGAUCAGGUCAGCUCUGGCUUGGCUGAGCCUCUGUCUCCCCACUGGGCUGGGGGCAGGCAGUGAGGAGGGAAGAAGGGGCAGAUGAGUGGAGAGAGGCCUGUGGGCAGGGGGGCCUGCAUAGGCAGGACCCAGUUGGUCCAGGAGGGUGCUGUGGUCAGUCACUGAGGCUCCCGAGGUUGGAGGGGCCGUGUGCAGGGCCUGGGGGCGGCUCUGGGUGGAGGUAGGCAGAGUUUACCCGUCGGCAGCUCUAGGGGCAGGAAGGACAGUGUUCACCCCCAAGCUUCCUGCGCUCUAUUUAAAGACUCCCUUUUAGUCUGGGAUAGUAGCCUUCCCACAUUUUUGGUAUUAAAAUGCCCUUCUGUGACACAA